AUGAAGAUACCAUCAAAGCCAGGGGCGGUCCGGCGAAACUCAUCGUCCUCUGAUCGUCCUCAAAAGAGAAACUCGUUUCGAGGUCAAGACCCACUUGGUCAAGCCUUGAUUGUGGCAUCUCCGCCCAGUUCCACAUCCUCUCGAAAGCUUCUCAAGAAAAAGACUUCCAUACCGACAGCACCAAGCCUAAUGACGACAGCCAAGAAAUCAAAGGUAACCAACGUCGAUCCAACAUCGGUGUCGAUGAUUGCACGCCGAAAAUUGGGCAAGGAGGGCCUAUCGGAAUACCAAAAAGAACAACAGGCGAAAAAAGACAGUACCAUUAUCAAUAAUAUGCAUCGAAAAUUGAGCGAGAAAUGCCUGGAUGUGGACGACGAAGGAAUGCGCAAGAAACGAAUGGAGAGCCUCCGGAAACAUCUAAAGCGUCAAGUUUAUUUGCAUUUACCGACUUCUGCCUUUAAGACUUAUUGGCAUUUGGCCAGCGAGAAAUUGGAGGAGGAUGUUCGAAUUCGUCGUUAUGAAAUGGAAGAAAAGAAGAAGAAAACAAACAAGCGAAAGCGUAGUUCGGACCGCGAUAUGUCCAUACCAAGGAAGCGAUCCUCAAUUGGUAGUGUGGAGGGAGACGACAUGGCCGUACCGAGGAAGCGGCCCUCAAUUGGUAGUGUAGAAGGUGAUAUGACUAUACCGAGGAAACGGCCCUCAAUUGGUAGUGUGGAGGGUGACGGGGAAAUUCCGAGAAUACCGAAAAAGCGGCCCUCUAUCAUUGAGGAAACGAGCGCAGUAGUAGAUCUUGUUGACACCGACGAUGAGCAUGAUUGGGGUGACGAAGGAGAUGCUGAAAGUCAAAACGAGUCUCCUUUACAACACGACAAACCCCAAGAGGCAAAAAGAAAAGAAGCACCAGCGACAGUAGUACAAGUGCCAGAGCCAGUAGUAAUCGAUCCAUUUGAAGGAGCAGGGCCCAAUCGCUGGGCCAACUUGAUUAUCGGAUCAAAGUAUCAGGGUGAAGUAUUUGCCUGUGGAGAUUGGGAUACUAUUCAACCAGUCUAA